UCUCGACGCGUCUCACAACUCAAAGAUAGGUAAUGGGGAAUAUUCUUUUAACGUAAACUCAACUCACAACAACAAUUUUUCAACGCACCACAAACAGCUGUCGCAGAAAUGUCGGACUAUGAAGAUGAUAUGGAUAUUGAUGCUCCUCCUGUAGGAGAUUCAAUAAUGUUCAACUCUGAUAAUACGAAUUCAAAAGGCAAACGAAGCGCAGUAAAUUUACCCGUGGAGGCAGAGGAUAGUCUUCCAUGGUGAGAUGUUUUGUGAUCUUGAUUGUAGAUGGAUAGUGCAUGUACUGAUAUACUUUUCAAGGGUCGAGAAAUACCGUCCAGAUACUUUAGAAGAUGUUUCUGGUCAUCAGGAUAUUCUUGCUACUAUUAAUAAAUUUGUCGACACAAAUGUACGCCAUUCCUCCCUGUAUCUUUAAAUCUAGCCUGACAGUUACAUGCAGAGACUCCCACAUCUCUUAUUCUACGGUCCCCCAGGAACGGGUAAAACCUCCACUAUCCUAGCCCUUGCACGACGCAUAUAUGGACCCAAAAACAUGCGACAAAUGGUCCUCGAACUCAAUGCCUCCGAUGACCGCGGUAUCGAAGUUGUGCGCGAACAAAUCAAAACAUUUGCCUCCACUAAACAAAUAUUCUCCAUGAACUCUGCCACCACAUCUCCUGGUGCCUACAAACUUAUUAUUCUUGAUGAGGCGGAUGCGAUGACUUCGACUGCACAGAUGGCUUUAAGACGAGUGAUGGAGAAAUAUACGGCGAAUACACGAUUUUGUGUUAUUGCUAAUUAUACGCAUAAAUUGAGUCCAGCUUUGUUGAGUAGAUGUACGAGGUUUAGGUUUAGUCCGUUGAAGGAGAGUGAUAUUAGGGUGUUGGUUGAUAAGGUUAUUAUGGAGGAGAAUGUGCAGAUUAAUGCAGAGGCCACAGAUGCUUUGGUUAGGUUAAGUAAAGGAGAUAUGAGACGAGCGUUGAAUGUAUUACAGGCUUGUCAUGCCAGCAGUAAGUUUUUUCAUGGAUUGAGGAAUGAUAUCUGAGAACUAAUAUAUUUUCGUCAGGUACACCAAUUCACAUCAAAGGCACACCCAAGAUCGAAGAAAAAGACAUUGUACGAGAUCUCAUCACCGAAACCACUAUAUACGAUUGUAUCGCCUCACCUCAUCCAGCCGAUAUAUCGAAAAUCAUGAACACGAUUCUCAAAACCUCAGAUGUGAAAUCAUGUUUACAAAUGAUCAAUGCCAUUAAAUCCACACAAGGUCUCGCUUUGGCAGAUAUCAUAACCGCUCUCUCGGAAGAGCUCACAAAAUUGGAUGUUCCAGCAUCAGUUAUGAUUACAUGGCUUCAAGGGUUAGCAGAAGUGGAAUAUAGGUUGAGUGGUGGUGGAAGUGAAGUUAUACAGACGGGAGCAGUGGUUGGUGUUGUAAGGGAGGGAGCAGAACUUAUGAAUAAUUAAUGAUAUAAUCACAAGUAUUAUUAUGGCUGUGGAAUUGUAAAAGUAUAGGCGAAAAUUUGAGGUAGGAUAGGAGGGGUUCUAAAAUAUACCAAAUUAGACUUGAAUACCCAUUCUUGAGGAAUAGCUAAGAUCAACAUCAGUGAUCUACUAAUCCAAGCACCAAUGCUUUCCUCUCCCCUGCACAAUACUAAUUUCUAAUCUCUCACUUCGAUAGCAAAUGUUAAAUAAUC